AUGGCUCUCCGAGAUCAAGGAAGACAGCAUGUCGUUAUUGACACACUGCCUGGCUCCUUAGCUAGCCAGGCUCCUACUCCAGUUUACAGUCCACCUCCAGGUCUACAUUCGGACGCAUCCACUCCCCCACUCCUCAAGAAAUCGUCAGACAUAUUCAUCUCCGUUAACAGUGAGAAAGCAUUUGAUUUCGAGCAGGCACUUAAAGACCUCACGAAACGCCGUCAAGAUGAAGCAAUCAAGGACCGCCAACUUGGCGUCAUGUUCAAGGACUUGCGUGUCGUUGGUGCAGGUUUUCGUGCUUCGCUCCAGCCCACCGUGAGCUCACCUUUUAAUCCCUCGACGUUUCUGCGCAAGAUAAAGGGAAUUUUCCAUCCCUCAAUUAGAGAUAUCUUGUCCGGAUUCGAGGGUGUGGUCACGCCUGGCGAAAUGCUUUUAGUUCUUGGCCGGCCCGGCUCUGGGUGUUCAACCUUCCUCAAGACACUCGCUAACCAACGUGGGGAGUAUUAUGCCGUUGAGGGCCAAGUUGCCUAUGAUUCGUUCACUCCGAAGGAGGUUCAUAACUCCUUCCGUGGCGAUGUCACUUAUUGUCCGGAGGAUGACAUCCACUUCCCGACCCUGACUGUCAAUCAAACGCUCUCUUUCGCUGUCAGGAACCGUACCCCCGCAACACGUCUCCUUGGUCAGACUCGCGAGGACUAUGUUGAGGAUACCGCCACGAUGCUAAUGAAAGUCCUUGGCCUCCACCGUUCGAAAGAUAUAUUGGUUGGCAAUGCUCAGAUUCAAGGUAUUUCUGGUGGCGAGAGAAAGCGAGUUUCUAUCGCAGAAACUUUAGGUUCUGCAGGCCUACUUGGUGCAUGGGAUAAUUCCACUCGUGGCCUAGACUCCUCGACUGCCCUUGAGUUUCUCCGCACAUUACGUUUAACCACAGAUGUCACGCGCACAACAACAAUCGUCUCUCUCUAUCAAGCAGGCGAGCAGUUAUAUGAUUUGUUUGACAAGGUCUGUGUUAUUGCAGAUGGCAAAAUGGCCUAUUUUGGUUCAGCAAAAUCGGCCAAAGGUUAUUUUAUCGAUAUGGGCUUCGAACCACAAUACAAACAGACUACCCCUGAUUUCUUGGUUGCAGUUACAGACGUGAACGGGAGGAAAAUCCGCCCUGGAUAUAAGAGCUCUGUCCCGCGGACGUCGGAGGACCUUGCUAGCCGUUUCAUGGGUUCCGACCUCGGUCGCCAGAAUCAGAAAAUGAUCGAACAGUACCGGGAACAAUGUGUUGGCAAUCACGAACUCAAGCAGGCAUAUCUAUCCAGCGUGGCCGCUGAACAUGCCACUACAUCCACUGUGUAUAUGACUUCUAUCCCCCAGCAAGCCACAGCGGCCAUGAAGCGCCGGAUGCAAGUUAUUGUUGGAAGUAAUUCCCAAAUCUUCCAAGCGAUAAUUUUGGGCACCGUCUUUCUCAAUGUGCGAAAUGACACCUCGGCCUAUUUCUCUCGUGGCGGUGUUCUGUUCUUCUCCCUGUUUUUCAAUGCUAUCACAUCUGUUGCAGAAGUUUCUGCACUUUUCUUCCAGCGCCCGAUCUUGCUUCGCCACCAGAAAGCUGCGUUACAUUACCCUUUCAUUCAGAGCCUCGCACAUACUAUCGUCGAUAUUCCGAUCACGUUGGUCGUUCAACUGGUUUUCGCUGCGAUCCUUUAUUUCAUGGUUGGGUUACAACGUUCCGCCGCACAAUUUUUCACAUUUUACCUUUUUAUCUGCUUAAUGUCGCAAACCAUGAAGUCACUCUUCAGAGCUAUUGCUGCAAGCUUCAAAACUCGGUCUAGUGCGAUGGCUGUUUGUGGUAUCUUCAUUCUCUUGAUAUCGUUUUAUGGCGGGUACACAAUUCCUUGGCCGACUGCUCCAACGGGCUUGCGGUGGAUCAUGUGGUUGAAUCCUAUGUGGUGGGGGUUUGGUGCACUUGUCGUGAACGAGUUCCAUACGCUCGACGGAGUGUGCUCCACUCUCAUCCCUCAGGGGCCUGGCUAUGAGAAUAUUCCACUUGCAAACCAGGUUUGUAUAACAGUCGGAUCACAGCCCGGGCAGCUCCUCGUUGAUGGCAACAUCUAUGCUGGAUUGACGUAUGACUUUUGGUAUAGUCAACUUUGGAGGAACUUUGGUGUCCUCUGCGCCUUCUACCUUGGGUUGUUGGCUGUUCUGUUAGUUGCCACAGAAUUCAAUACUUCGUCUGCUUUCGACAGCGCCUUCGUUCUCUUUAAGCAGGGUUCUAGUGCUAUCGAUGAGAAUGCUAAGGCCCUUGACGAGGAAAAGGUUGAUGUAGAGUUUCAUUCUAGAUCCUACUCCGAUGUAGUUGAUCCUUCGACUCUCAACAAUCUCGAGAAGAACACUAUGGUCACGGACCUCUUUACGUGGCAGCACCUGCAGUAUGAAGUCCCAAUUGAGGGAGGGAUGAAACGCCUUCUUUAUGAUGUCACGGGCUUUGUUACCCCUGGAAAGCUCACCGCAUUGAUGGGUGAAUCUGGCGCUGGAAAGACAACGCUCUUAAACGUUCUUGCACAACGCGUCGGUGCCGGUGUAGUAACUGGUGAUCGAUUCGUUAACGGACAACCGCUCCCCGUAGACUUCCAGGCUCGCACUGGUUACUGCCAACAACUGGACACUCAUCUUCCCGAAGCGACUGUUCGUGAAGCGCUCCUUUUCUCUGCUAAUCUUCGCCAGUCCCAGUCAGUUCCCCGCGCCGAAAAGGAAGCAUACGUUGACAAGUGCCUUCAAAUGUGUGGCCUAGAGGAAUAUGCCGACGCUAUUAUUGGCUCUCUCGGGGUUGAGCACCGUAAGCGCACCACCAUUGCAGUGGAGCUCUCUGCCAAGCCCAAACUCUUGCUCUUCUUGGAUGAGCCCACAUCUGGUCUCGACUCGCAAUCCGCCUGGGCUAUUGUACAGUUUCUUCGUGAGCUUGCUAACCACGGUCAGGCCAUUCUCUGCACGAUUCAUCAACCCUCCGCGGAGCUCUUCCAAGUCUUCGAUAAAUUGUUACUCCUUUCGAAGGGUGGACAGACAGUCUACUUUGGCGACAUUGGCGAGAACUCGUCGACCAUGCUAAACUACUUUGAGCGUCAUGGUGCCCCCCACUGCCGUUCCGAUGCCAAUCCGGCGGAAUACAUGCUCGACGUAAUCGGUGCUGGAGCAGCUGCAGUCUCCACCACUGAUUGGUACGAUGUAUGGAAACAUUCAUUAGAAGCAAUGCAGCUCCAAGUUCAGAUCGAAAAGAUGCAUGAACAUGGUCGUACUCGCUCACGACAGCUUGGUGUCCGGUAUCCUGUCUUCGCCACCACAUGGUUGCACCAGUUCACUACGCUCACCCAACGGAACUUCCAAGCAUACUGGCGCAAUCCUACGUAUAUCCGCGCCAAGUUUGUGCUCAACAUCGUUGGCGGACUCCUUGUGGGGUUUACAUUCUUCCAGGCAGAUAACUCUUUGCAGGGCACCCAAAACAAGCUGUUUUCAAUCUUCCUCGGCCUCGUGCUCAGUGUUUCCCUUGUCCAUCAACUCAUGGCCAUCUACAUUGACAUUCGCACAGUGUACGAAAUCCGUGAACGUCCUAGUAGAAUAUAUCACUGGACUGCUCUCGUCAUGUCACAGCUUGCUGCCGAGCUUCCUUGGAACAUGGCAAGUUCGGCAACGUUCUUUUUCUGUUGUUACUGGACCGUUGGAUACCCCACAGACCGAGCAGGUUACACGUUCCUCAUGCUCGCUGUCGCCUUCCCAUUGUACUAUACCACGCUUGGACAUGGAAUUGCGUCCAUGGCGCCAACCACUCCAGUUGCAUCUAUGUACUUCACAACUCUCAUUAUCUUUGUCAUGACCUUUGAUGGUGUAGUUCAGCCAUUCAACGAGCUUCAUUGGUGGAAAUGGAUGUACAGGGUCUCUCCUUUCACAUACAUCAUCGAGGGUCUCCUUGGUCAAGCCAUUGGCGGUGAAUCUAUUAGUUGCUCUUCUACGGAACUAGUCUCCGUCAACCCACCGAAGGGUUUGACGUGCGACAAGUACUUGGGUCCCUUCAUGGAAUUCGCCGGCGGCUACCUCACGAAUCCCGAAGCCGCAGAGGGCUGCCAGUACUGUCUCACCAAGACUGCUGACCAGUUCAUGUACUCGAGGUUCAACAUCAAAUACAAUCAUCACUGGCGCAAUCUAGGCAUCGUCUUCGGGUUCGUCACGUUUAACAUUAUGGCUAUUUUCUGGUUUACAUAUUUCAUGCGCAUUCGCACCGCCAGCGUAUUUACUUCUCUCAGGCAGAAGUUAACUCGCCGCAAAUAG